AGAUUAAUGGACACUAAGUCAUGGAUCCAAAGCAUAUAUUAUAUCUCUAUUGUGUGUUAACAUGUCUCUUGAGUCUCUAAACUUAGUUUUCUCCAAAGAUUAAAGCAAAAGCAAAGAUGGGCUUCCUCUGUCACUAGUUUUGCUAACUCAUCCUUUUCGGAUAGCGACACUCUUCGUUUCCCACUCUUGGUUUGGUGGUUUCUUUAGGAUUCUAGAUUUUUGUUUUACUUAUCUUUCCUUGUACAAGAGACUGUUUCUAUAGGAUUCUUCAUUUCCUGUUUUAUCUAUCUUCUCUGUGCAACGAGAGUGUCAUGGCUACUCUGUCUCAAAUCGUCGAGGAGGAACUUGAACCAUCACUAAGAAGCAAGCUUUCAAGAACAAGUGAAACCAGUCUCGCUUCUGUCGCAUCGUUAUCCAUGCCACUUAUUCAGGAGAUUGUUCUAUCAGCAGACAUCAGAUGUAGUGACUGCCAAGAGAAAGUCGCCGACAUAAUGGCGAGGAUGAUCGAAACAUAUUCAAUAUUGGUGAGUGUGUUGGAGAAGAAAGUGACACUAACGUGUACAUAUUCCGGUGACCGGAGAGUCUCUAAAUCCUAUGGUGAAGCUCUUCUCUGCAAAAUCUCAACCAUCAAGCGUUUGAUAUGUCCUUCAAGGAAACAAUAACUCAGAGUUGCUUGAUGUUUGCUUUUAUUAUCAUUUUCUCUUUCCAAUAAAAUGAAUCUUUUAUGUCGAAUGUGAUUGGAUAUUGUUUAGAUAAACAAAAAACUCUCAAUAGCAAUAAUAAUCAUAGACAAAGUGAA